GAGCUAGAGCGCCUCCCGUCCGCCAGCCGUCCGGGUCCCCAGCUGUGCUGUUUCCGGGUGCGGCUUCUGUCAUAAAGCGGGGGCCUCUCUACAAACGUGGCGUCGUGGGUCCUUCGCGCCUCGCCGGGGGUCAGCGCGCAAGGACGGCCCUGGCAGGGGUACUUCGCGGCCAACAGCUCGAGCCAGUCCUUUUGUAUCGAGUCCACACCGGCACCUCUAACCCCUCAGAGCUAGCUGGCUCUUGAGCCUUAGCGAAUUAGUGUCCCUGAUUCGCAGCCACCAGGACUGCAGCUCCCGAAGAUAGCACUCCUUCGCCCAUACCUGCCCCCAUAGUCAUGCUCUGCCUUGUGAGGUGCAGCAUUUGACGAGGCACCCUCACCCCACACACCACUUCCACCCACAUCUGCCUUAACUUCGUUCUUAACCUCUUUAGAGACCCCUCUCCUCUGCCUCCAGAAGAGGUCUUUUACAGAAAGAUUACCUUUGAGACUGAGCACCCAUUCGAUAACUAAAACAAGUUCAUGCUUACUAAAGAGUUUGUGGGCAAAGUGAAACCCAGUGCAUACCGGAAACUAUGGCUGAGCACGGGGCUCACAUCACAGCUGCUUCUGUGGUGGAUGACCAGCCAUCCAUCUUUGAGGUGGUAGCACAGGAGAGUUUAAUGACAGCAGUGAGACCUGCUCUUCAGCAUGUGGUCAAGGUUCUUGCAGAAUCAAAUCCUGCCCACUAUGGCUUCUUUUGGAGGUGGUUUGAUGAAAUCUUCACUAUGCUGGAUCUUCUGCUCCAGCAGCAUUAUCUGUCUAAAACCAGUGCCUCAUUCUCUGAAAAUUUUUAUGGCUUAAAGCGCAUUGUAAUGGAGGACACACACAAGCUUCAGCGGUUGGCCAGUGCUGGUCUCCCAAAGCAGGAGCUUUGGAAGUCAAUUAUGUUCCUGGUUCUUCUCCCCUACCUGAAAGUGAAGCUGGAGAAGCUGGUUUCUAGCCUGAGAGAAGAGGAUGAAUAUUCCAUCCAUCCCCCUUCUUCCCGUUGGAAACAGUUUUAUAGAGCCUUCCUGGCAGCCUACCCGUUUGUUAGCAUGGCGUGGGAAGGCUGGUUUUUUGUGCAGCAACUUGGAUACAUCCUGGGAAAGGCUCAGCAUCACUCACCACUGCUGAGGCUGGCUGGUGUUCGGCUCGGUCGGCUUACGGUUCAGGAUAUACAAGCCUUGGAGCACAGACCCGCUGAAGCCAGCAUGAUGCAGCAGCCAGCCAGGGGUGUUGGUGAGAAGAUAAAGUCAGCUCUGAAGAAAGCUGUGGGAGGUGCUGCCUUCUCCCUCUCUACUGGCCUUUCUGUGGGAGUAUUCUUUCUGCAGUUCCUUGAGUGGUGGUACUCAUCUGAAAAUCAAGAAACCAUCAAAUCGCUGACUGCCCUACCUACUCCCCCACCACCUGUACACCUAGACUACAAUUCUGAUUCUCCUCUGUUACCCAAAAUGAAGACUGUGUGCCCACUGUGUCGCAAAACCCGGGUGAAUGAUACUGUUCUCGCCACGUCUGGCUAUGUGUUUUGUUAUCGCUGUGUGUUUAAUUAUGUAAGGAGUCACCAAGCUUGUCCCAUCACAGGUUACCCAACAGAAGUACAACAUCUAAUUAAACUGUACUCCCCUGAGAACUGAAA